UACACCCGCAGUACAUACUCAUCCGUCUGACCAUCUCAGUUUGACCUCAGAUUGUAUGAUUCCACCAUGGCAGCAGCUCUACUUCGGAGAACCAGUAUUUCCCACAAUGCCCGCCGCUUCAAGUUCGCUACUUCUUGGUGUCUUAGUGAGGCGUUGACUCAGCAUUUUCCGAUCGAUAAGUCUGUGAAUGAAAAUGCUAUUCGCAGAGUUUCAAAGGGCUUUUCGUUUUACUCCCAGCUUGCCGGUGGUGGUGGACUCCCAUCGUUUAUGCGUGGAGCUGUAUUCUGGGAAUCUGGCAAGCCUCUCUCCAUCGAGGAAUUCCACAUCCCUCGCCCCAAGGCUGGAGAAGUUCUCGUCAGAACCAAGGGUUGUGGAGUAUGCCACUCCGAUCUCCACGUUAUAAAGGACGAAAUUCCUUUUUCCAGUCCUUGCGUGCUGGGACAUGAGAUAACUGGCGAAAUUCUUGAACAUGGACCGCUCACAGAUGAUAAAACAAAACAAAGGCUUCCAGUUGGAUCUCGAGUCGUUGGUUCCUUCAUUAUGCCUUGUGGCAACUGUUCUUAUUGUUCAAAGGGGCAUGAUGAUUUAUGUGAAGCUUUCUUUGCUUAUAACCGGGCAAAAGGAACCCUCUAUGACGGUGAAACUCGGCUGUUUCUUCGCAGCAGUGGAAAACCAGUCUACAUGUAUAGUAUGGGAGGGCUUGCUGAAUACUGUGUGGUGCCAGCAAAUGCGUUGACAGUAUUACCAGACUCAUUGCCAUACACAGAGUCUGCAAUACUAGGAUGUGCUGUCUUUACUGCGUAUGGAGCAAUGGCCCAUGCGGCUGAGGUGCGUCCAGGGGACUCUGUUGCUGUUAUCGGAACAGGGGGUGUUGGUUCUAGCUGUUUGCAGAUAGCUAGAGCAUUUGGUGCUUCUGAAAUUAUUGCUGUGGAUGUUCAGGAUGAAAAGCUAGAGAAAGCAAAAACAUUUGGUGCUACUCACACCGUGAAUGCAGCACGAGAAGAUCCAAUUGGAAAGAUAAUUGAAAUAACUGGUGGAAAAGGUGUUGACGUUGCUGUGGAAGCCUUGGGAAAACCACAGACGUUUUCCCAGUGCACGCAAAGUGUGAAGGAUGGAGGAAAAGCUGUGAUGAUUGGACUAGCAAAAGCUGGUGCUGUUGGACAAAUCGAUAUAAAUCGCCUUGUUCGUAAAAAGAUAAAAGUUCUGGGAUCAUAUGGAGGUAGAGCGAGGCAAGAUCUUCCCAAGUUAGUCAGACUGGCAGAAACAGGUAUCUUCAAUCUUUCCAAUACUGUUUCUAGAAGAUACAGCUUUGAGGAGGCAGGCAAAGCAUUUGAAGAUCUCAACCAGGGAAAAAUUGUCGGGCGAGCCGUCAUUGAGAUAAGAUAAUCUUGUUUUACAUUCCAUGCAAUGCUUUGUGGCUAGAAUUCUGGUUCUUGCCCGUAAUCCAAAUUGCAAGGAACUGGUGGCCUGAGAACACAUGAUGGAUGUUGUUUGCUCAUAUUCUGCUAUACUGAUAACAGGGUUCCUAAUGGCCUAGACGUGGUCAAAGUACUUAAAUAAAAUAAAUAUUUGCAUGCCA